GAAACUGAACAAGCUUGUUGCCAUUUAUAGAAACGAUGGCUUGUAUGCUAAUAAAACACGUGAUUGCAUGCAGUAGACCCGCUGUAAGCUCAUGCUGCCAUGUGGUUUAGUAUCAACCACUCAUCUUGUAGACACACUCGACUAACAACCCACAAACCACCUGCCUCCGGUAGCUAUAACUGCUGGACUACGACACUAUAAAAAUAUUUGUUAUAGCUAGAGCAGCAUCACGAUAAACAGGAUGACAAUCUAUAAAUAUCUUGUAAGAAUUUCGUGUCGACAUUUUAACACUUGUCUAGUUUACUUUUACGGCAUUACAAUCUCUCUGUCAGUUCCAAAUAUUAAUGCCUGUUUUUGUCAGUUGUUUUUUUCUCUCCACACACUUUACAAUAUCACAUACACUAUAGAGUCCAGCUAGUAUACGAACAAAAAAAAUUACAUAACAAAACCUCCUGACUAGUAAAAACAGACAGACGCAAUUCCUAUGUGAUAAAGAUUCCUAUGUGAUAAAGAUUCCUACGUGAUAAAAACCUCAUUUUCUCUUGUAAUUACGUUAUACAAUGUGUAUCAGUAAUAACUCUGUAUAUAGUGCAUCACAUGGUUGUGUGGUCACCUGAUUCAUACAGUCCGUACUUCCCCACUGUUCCUCAUUAUCAAUCACCGUACCAUUCAGGAUUUUCUGAGAGAAUUAAAGCUGAAAGGAUCAAGCAGAAAGAAGUAGAGAAAGAGAAGCUUUUAGAUCUUCUUUUUUAGCACUACUAGAAGAAGUUGGCUUAGAAACGUGUCAGAGAGUACAUGUAUCUCCUCUGUUUAGGAGACAGCGUGUCAACCUGAGCCAUAGAGGCGGACUAAAUCAAGGGAGAGAUUGAGAUCUGUUUUUGAAUUCAUACUCUACUAAUUGCCAUUUUUUCCUCAUGGAUGUUGAUCUUAUAUUGGAGGCUGCUGACCUCAUGGACAAGAAAGCAAAUGACAUUAAUUAUAGAGUCACCAGUGAGAGCCAAGAAACUUCGGGCAAAGGACCUGAAAAGAGUGAGAAAGAGGUAGGAGCGGUGAGUCUGGCUAUCCCCGUAGGAGGAGAUAGCGGUUUACAUGUGGUUCAAGGAGAGGAGGAGGAAGAAAGGGAGAGAAAGAGGGCAGUCCAGGACUUUACCCAUUCAUUUCCUUCUUCAGCCGCAGAACUACCAAAUGAAAAACACAACGAGAAUGAAAGAAAAAGACGUAAAAUGCUGAAAUUAUCUGUCCACUCUUUGAGGGAUCAGCUUAAAAACAAGACAAGGCGACCUGCUGUCAAUACAGUCCUGCGAGCAGCAUAUGAAGAGAUUCAGGAAUUGAAAAAACUUGAAGAUGAGCAGAGUAAAGUUUUAGAGGAACUCAAGCAAAAGAAUAUUAUAUUAAACUGCUACCUUGAGAAGCAACUGAGGGACAUCAAGCUAGGGAAGCGCUCUGGGCCUUCACCAGAAGAAUCUGAUGGAACUCACUCACUUCCAAGCACUAGGAGUGAUCCCCCAUCUUCUUCUAGUCUCCUAACUCACUCUGUUCUCAACAAUGGGGGCUCUAUUAGGAUUCCUGAUACCAGCAAUAGUGAUACAUCUCCCCCUCCUCUCCAAUCAAUAGUGCCAGCCUCUAAUCCAACGCCUCCUUCUCUCCAGUGGUUCUCUCCUACCACACUCCCGUUCCAUUCACCACCUACUCUAUUACCAACGCUACACACCCCUUCUCUCUUUACGCCAAGCCUCAUGCAACAACCCACGCCUACCCAGCCGAACAUCCUCCUCCAACAAUCGGCCCCACCCACCCAAGCCCCUGUACUAUUCCAACAGACCACACCUCAUACCCAACCGUCCCUUCUUUCUCCUUUUCUGUCUUACGUCUAUCCGAAUCCUUCCCCAAUACUUUACCGACCGACUAUUUUCAUUCCUAAUCCGUCUCCCAUAUCUCCUCCUUCUCUGAUGCCUGUCCCUAUCUGUCAGCCAUUAGCGGAGGGCACUGUCGCUCCCUCUCUCUUCUCCUCUUCUGGAGGUCACGAAGACGAUCACGACGUCAAAGUGACUACUUCAAAAAUUCCUCCGCUCAUAAGCAUAAACGCGUUAAAAUUGAGCGAAAACGCUAAGUUUGGUGGUGGACAGAGAAAGCAGUCGAUCUCUCCGAAUGGUAAAGAGAUAAGGAUUAAUGGUGAGAAUGGUAGGAGUGGAUCUGGUCCCGGAAUGGAGAGUUUGAGAAGUUUAGCUAACGGACAUCACUAUAAUAGGAGUAGCUAGUCCCACACAAAUUAUUAUUAGUAAAUAUUAUUAAAUUAUUGUAAUUUUUUUUCUGUUUUGUUGUUGCGUGUUUACAUUAUUAUUCAUAA